AAGGGCCGCGGGCCGAGGCGCGGGUCGGCCCGCCCGGAACGGAGGCGCCCAUCCAGGCGGGCGGCGGCGCGCUGCCCAGGCACAAAGUUUGCAUCUGCCCCGCAAACCCUCGGAGGUGCGGGCGGUUCUGCAUUUCCGAGCCCUGUAAACAGAAAACGCUCCCGAGCCGGAGCCGGCCGAGCAGAAGGAACCGGGCUUUACAAAAUCCAGGGACGUUCAGGUCCGCUGGCUUUCACCGGUUGGGGGGGGCGGCGAGCCACGCAGCCCGGGGCGGGGCGGGGCGGCGGGCGGAGGCGGCCCCGGGCGCCCGCCGGCCCCCGGUUGCUACAACAGACCCCGCACGCCGCGGCCGAGUCGCCACCGCGGGCUGCAGCUGGACAGGGCCAGGUGGGGACGGGCCGACUGACCUCGGCGGGGCGGGAGGAGACCCCGGGAGAGGGGCGCACGUGAGUCUCGGGCCGCGCGCGUCCUUUGGCGCCAAGGGGACCCCUCCCCCACCCUCGCUGGCCCCGACCGCUCGCGGCCGGCCGGGGGAGGGGCUGUCCGGCAGCCCUGGCCCGGAGCCCCCAACCCGGCUUCCGUGCGGGGCGGGGCCGCGGCGUCCCCCCACCCCCCCUACCCGGACACCUGAGCGGCAGCGGCGGCGGCGGCGGCGGCUCCCGCGCUCCGGCCAGCCGAGGCUCGGCGUAGCUCCGGAGCCCGCGGCCGAGCCCGGAGAGCGCAGACGCCCGCCCUUCCCUGGGGGCUCCGACCCGCCCGGACUCCCGGAGCCGCGCCCCGAGCCAGGUUUUGGGAGGAGUGGGGAAAGCGCAUCUGUGCCAUCUUUCAGGAAGCAGAAAUGCAGCUGAUGCUUUUCAGCUCGCAGGCAUCAGAGCGCUUGUAGCUGUGACCUCGGCCUCCUUGUGGAGCCUCCGUCUGACGGUGCCCUGGUUGUCUCUCUCAGCUCUGGACAUGUCUCCUGUCUCCCUGCCUUGACCCAUCGGAGCGUGGUCACUUCUGGUUCCGAGAAGCCUUUCUGCGGGGCCUAGUCUGCCAGCGCCUCUGACACGCGCAGCCAUGCCACGCAGCCCCACGUCCAGCGAGGACGAGAUGGCCCGGAGCUACUCAGACUCCUCGGAGGAGUCGAACUCAGACAGUUCCAAGGAGGAGACCAUCUACGACACCAUCCGGGCCACAGCCCAGAAGCCGGGCGGCGCCAGGGCAGAGGAGGGCCAGGCCCACACGCUGGUGCUGCGCAUUGUCAUCGAGGAUCUGCAGCAAACGAAGUGCAUUCGAUUCAACCCGGAUGCUACGGUGUGGGUCGCAAAGCAGCGGAUUCUGUGCUCACUGAACCAGAGCCUGAAGGACGUCCUGAACUACGGGCUGUUCCAGCCGGCCAGUGACGGGCGCGACGGCAAGUUCCUGGACGAGGAGCGGCUGUUGCGCGAGUACCCGCAGCCCACGGGCAAGGGCAUCCCGUCCCUGGAGUUUCGCUACAAGAAGCGGGUGUAUAGACAGACCAACCUGGACGAGAAACAGCUGGCCAAGCUGCACACGAAGACCAAUUUGAAAAAAUGCAUGGAUCACAUCCAGCAUCGGUCAGUGGAGAAAAUCGUCAAGAUGCUGGACCGAGGCCUGGAUCCGAAUUUCCACGACCUGGAGACCGGAGAGACUCCCCUGACCUUGGCUGCUCAGCUGGACGACCCUGUGGAGAUGAUCAAGGCCCUCCGGAACGGCGGGGCCCACCUGGACUUCCGCGCCAAGGAUGGCAUGACAGCCCUGCACAAAGCCGCCCGCACCAGGAACCUGCUGGCCCUGAAGACCCUCUUGGAGCUUGGCGCAUCCCCGGAUUACAAGGACAGCUACGGCCUGACCCCGCUGUAUCACACGGCGGUGGUCGGGGGCGACCCCUGCUGCUGUGAGCUGCUGCUCCACGAGCACGCGGCCGUGAGCUGCAAGGACGAGAACGGCUGGCACGAGAUCCACCAGGCCUGCAGGUACGGCCACGUGCAGCAUCUGGAGCACCUGCUCUUCUACGGGGCCGACAUGGGGGCCCAGAAUGCCUCGGGGAACACCGCCCUGCACGUCUGCGCCCUCUACAACCAGGACAGCUGUGCGCGCGUGCUUCUGUUUCGAGGUGGAGAUAAAGAACUGAAGAACUACAACAGCCAGACCCCGUUCCAGGUGGCGAUCAUUGCCGGCAACUUCGAGCUGGCCGAGUACAUCAAGAACCACAAGGAGACCGACAUCGUGCCCUUCCGAGAGGCCCCGGCGUACUCCAACCGCAGGCGGCGGCCCCCCAGCACGCUGGCCGCCCCCCGGCUCCUGCUGCGAUCCAACAGUGACAACAACCUCAACGCCGGCGCGCCCGACUGGGCUGUCUGUGCGGCCGCCUCCCACCUCAGCCUCUCGCCCCAGCUGCUGCAGCAGACGCCCAGCAAGGCCGACGGGGCUGCCAAGACCCUCGGGAGCUACACCCCCGGGCCCCGCAGCCGGUCCCCCUCGCUCAACAGGCUGGGCGGAGCCGGCGAGGAUGCCAAGAGGCCCCGGCAGCCCUGGCACGUCGGCCCAGCUUUCCCGCCAGGAGCCAACAAGGACACGCUCUCUGCCUUCGAGUACCCGGGGCCCAGACGGAAGCUGUACAGUGCGGUGCCUGGGAGGCUCUUCGUUGUCGUCAAGCCAUACCAACCCCAGGUCGAUGGCGAGAUCCCCCUGCACCGUGGCGACAGGGUCAAAGUGCUGAGCAUCGGCGAAGGUGGCUUCUGGGAAGGCAGCUCCCGCGGCCACAUCGGAUGGUUCCCCGCUGAGUGUGUGGAGGAGGUCCACUGCAAGCCCCGGGACAGCCAGGCAGAAACUCGUGCAGACCGCAGCAAGAAGCUCUUCCGGCACUACACAGUCGGCUCCUACGACAGCUUCGAUGCCUCCAGCGACUGCGUUAUCGAGGAGAAGACCGUGGUCCUGCAGAAGAAAGACAAUGAGGGCUUCGGAUUCGUGCUCCGAGGGGCGAAAGCGGAUACGCCCAUCGAAGAAUUCACGCCCACACCGGCCUUCCCGGCCCUGCAGUACCUGGAAUCUGUGGAUGAAGGCGGGGUGGCGUGGCAAGCCGGACUGAGGACCGGGGACUUCUUGAUUGAGGUGAACAACGAGAACGUCGUCAAGGUCGGCCACCGGCAGGUGGUGACCAUGAUCCGCCAGGGCGGGAACCACUUGGUCCUCAAGGUGGUCACGGUCACCAGGAGUCUGGACCCGGAUGACACCGCCCGGAAGAAAGCUCCUCCGCCUCCGAAGCGCGCUCCGACCACGGCCCUCACCCUUCGAUCCAAGUCCAUGACCUCGGAGCUGGAGGAGCUCGAUAAACCCGAGGAGAUCGUCCCGGCCUCCAAGCCAUCCCGGGCCGCUGAGAGCGUGGCGCUGGAGUCCAGGGUGGCCACCAUCAAGCAGCGGCCCACCAGCCGGUGCUUCCCCUCCGUCUCGGACGUGAACUCCGUGUACGAACGCCAGGGCAUCGCCGUGAUGACGCCCACCGUCCCCGGGAGCCCGAAGGGCCCGUUCCUGGGCCUCCCUCGAGGUACGAUGCGAAGGCAGAAGUCAAUAGACAGCAGAAUCUUUCUAUCAGGGAUAACGGAGGAGGAGCGUCAGUUUCUGGCCCCGCCCAUGCUCAAGUUCACCAGAAGCCUGUCCAUGCCGGACACCUCCGAGGACAUCCCGCCUCCGCCGCAGUCGGUGCCCCCGUCGCCGCCGCCACCCUCCCCCACCGCCUACAACUGCCCCAAGUCCCCGACUCCGCGAGUCUACGGGACGAUCAAGCCCGCCUUCAACCAGAACCCCGCCGCCAAGGUGUCCCCGGCCGCCCGCUCCGACACGGUGGCCACCAUGGUGCGGGAGAAGGGGCUCUACCACCGGCGGGAGGUCGACCGCUACUCACUGGACUCCGAGGACCUCUACAGUCGCGGCGCCGGGCCCCAGGCCAACUUCCGCGGCAAGAGGGGCCAGAUGCCCGAGAACCCGUACUCCGAGGUGGGGAAGAUCGCCAGCAAAGCCGUGUACGUGCCGGCCAAGCCCGCCCGGCGGAAGGGUAUGCUGGUGAAGCAGUCCAACGUGGAGGACAGCCCCGAGAAGACGUGCUCCAUCCCCAUCCCCACCAUCAUCGUCAAGGAGCCCUCCACCAGCAGCAGCGGCAAGAGCAGCCAAGGCAGCAGCGUGGAGACCGACCCGCAGGCCCCGGAGCAGCCCGGCCAGCUGCGGCCGGACGACAGUCUGACCGUCAGCAGCCCCUUCGCCGCCGCCAUCGCCGGGGCCGUCCGCGACCGCGAGAAGCGGCUGGAGGCCCGGAGGAACUCCCCGGCCUUCCUGUCCACGGACCUGGGGGACGAGGACGUGGGCCUCGGGCCGCCCGCCCCCCGGGCGCACCCCUCCAAGUUCCCCGAGGAGGGCGGCUUCGGCGAGGAGGACGGCGGGGAGCCGCUGUCGUCACCGGCGCCCCGGGAGCCCGAGAACCACUUUGUGGGUGCGGGUGAGGCCGGAGCUCAGGGUGAGGCUGGCAGGCUGCCGAACGCCCCGGGCCAGGCCAAGGCGCCGGAGGGCAGCCCCGUGGCGCCCCCCCGGAGCGGCAGCGCGGCGGGCCCUGAGAACUACGUGCACCCUCUCACCGGGCGGCUGCUGGACCCCAGCUCCCCGCUGGCUCUGGCGCUGUCAGCGAGGGACCGGGCCCUGAAGGAGUCCCAGCAGGGCCCCAAAGGGGAGGCCCCCAAGGCCGACCUCAACAAGCCUCUCUACAUCGACACCAAAAUGCGGCCCAGUGGGGAAGCGGGCUUCCCUCCGGUCGGCAGGCAGAGCGGGCGGGGGCCCCUGCGGCGGCAGGAGACGGAGAACAAGUACGAGACCGACCCGGGCAAGGACCGCAGGGACGACAAGAAGGGCGUGCUCGUCAACAUCGUGGACGCGUCCCAGCAGAAGUCAGCUGGGCUGCUGAUGGUCCACACAGUGGACGCGGCCAGGCCGGAGGACUUCCUGCAGGAAGAGGACGAGAAAGCCGACCCGGAAACGCAGCCAGACCAUCCGCCAUCCGAGGCGCCUGAAGGCGCCCCCGAAACCGAAGGUGCUUUCCCGACCCCCGCGGGCCCCGAGCCCACGGCCGCCACCGCCGCCGCGCCCGGCAGGACCAUCGUAGCGGCGGGCUCUGUGGAGGAGGCGGUGAUCCUGCCGUUCCGCAUCCCUCCUCCGCCUCUGGCAUCCGUGGACCUGGACGAGGAUUUUAUUUUCACAGAGCCAUUGCCUCCUCCCCUGGAAUUUGCCAAUAGUUUUGAUAUCCCCGAUGACCGGGUUGCUUCUGUCCCCGCUCUCUCAGACCUGGUCAAGCAGAAAAAAAAUGACACCUCCCAGUCCCCUUCCUUGAACUCCAGCCAGCCAACCAACUCUGCAGACAGUAAGAAGCCGGCUAGUCUCUCAAACUGUCUGCCCACCUCAUUCCUGCCGCCCCCUGAAAGCUUUGAUGCCGUCACGGACUCCGGGAUCGAGGAGGUGGACAGCCGGAGCAGCAGCGACCACCACCUCGAGACGACCAGCACCAUCUCCACGGUGUCCAGCAUCUCCACCCUGUCCUCCGAGGGCGGGGAAAACGCGGACACCUGUACAGUCUAUGCAGACGGGCAAGCCUUUAUGGUUGACAAACCCCCAGUACCUCCCAAGCCAAAAAUGAAGCCCAUAAUCCACAAGGGCAACACCCUCUACCACGACGCGCUGCUGGAGGAGGACGUGGACAGCUUCGUGAUCCCCCCCCCUGCACCUCCGCCGCCGCCUGGCGGGGCCCAGCCUGGCCCCACGAAGGCCAUCCAGCCAAGGACCUCCAGGUUGUGGGGGGACGUCUCGGAGGUCAAAAGUCCGAUUCUCUCAGGCCCAAAGGCGAACGUGAUUAGUGAGUUAAACUCAAUCCUGCAGCAAAUGAACCGAGAGAAAUCGGCAAAGCCAGGGGAAGGACUGGACCUGACACCGGGAACCAAGCCCGCCGGCCUCGCCCCCAGAGGCCCCGAGGUCAUGAGCACCGUCUCAGGUACGCGGAGCACAACGGUCACCUUCACCGUUCGCCCUGGGACCUCCCAGCCCAUCACCCUGCAGAGCCGGCCCCCGGACUACGAGAGCAGGAACUCAGGACCCAGACGCGCCCCCAGCCCUGUGGUCUCGCCAACAGAGCUGAGCAAAGAGGUCCUGCCCAACCCCCUGCCCACCGCCACUGCGGCCCCCUCACCCACCCUCUCGGAUGUCUUCAGCCUUCCGAGCCAGCCCCCGCCCGGGGACCUGUUUGGCUUGAACCCAGCGGGACGCAGCAGGUCACCGUCCCCCUCCAUCCUGCAACAGCCAAUCUCCAAUAAGCCUUUUACAACUAAGCCUGUCCACCUGUGGACUAAACCCGAUGUGGCAGACUGGCUGGAAAGUCUAAACCUGGGUGAACAUAAAGAGGCCUUCAUGGACAAUGAGAUCGACGGCAGCCACCUCCCAAACCUCCAGAAAGAAGACCUCAUAGAUCUGGGCGUGACUCGAGUCGGGCACAGGAUGAACAUAGAAAGGGCUCUCAAACAGCUGCUGGACAGAUAAGGCUGGCUGCUCCUUUCCGCCACAGACUCCUUGUUAUAAAUAGAGAUGGGCUUGCACUGAGAUGUUUGGAUGGUGAGCGCCAACCCCGUUCCGCGGGCUGGUCUCCUGGGGACCCAGAGAAGCGUGUGUGUCCGCGGCGUGGCUGAGCCGAGGCCUUCCAGCCCCGGCUCUCUGUGUGGGCUCCUUUGGGCUGUUUCUGUCAAAGCGGGGACCAGGGAGGGGUCCUUCCGAGGUGGAGAGGGACGCGUGCGCAGCCUGCCUCCUGCGUGCAGGCGACCUUGCCUCGCCCAGCCCAGGAGCUGCCCGGCCCGUGCGGGCGCCCUGCUCCAACAGGCGGGCGCCCCUGCACUCCAGACACAUACCUCCCGCGGCCUCCUUGCGCGCCUGGCGGCCCCGGCCCAGCACCAGGGCCCUCCUCUGUCUUCGGCCUCUCAAGGGCACGCGGUGCUCACACGCUCCUUUUCUUUGCUGGACGUGGCUUGCAGCGAGACGCCCACAGACGCGCAUACCCGGUGCCCUUCCUGGAAGGUGGAGAAGCGUCUCCCCUCCUCCGUGGAUCCUGUCCCGCCCCUCCGAUGUGCACCUGUGCUUCUCUGGCCCAUUGAGGCUCUUGGCAGUGAUGGGUUGUUCUGAAUGGGAUCGUGCCCAGCUUUGCUUAGCUUUCCUUCUUUCUGCAAGUCUGUUAGCAUAAUUCCAAAGUGGCCAAACAGAUGUCACGUGGAGUUAGUCGAAGCACAAAGUCACGAUUCCAGGCGGAGGGAGGCCCGGCUGCCCGCGCACGGCUCCAGGGCCAGCGUGUCCCCGGGCGGAAGCAGCUGUCAGCCGGGAGCGGCUGUCCAGGAGCGUGGGAAGGGGCUUCUCUGCCUUUCAGCAUUCUUUCAAUUGAAAGGUGUGUUGAAUUCUGCAGGCCUCGGAGCAGGUGAGCAUCCACUCUAACACACGGGACGACACAAGGUCCGCAGUGGGCAUGGCUGCUGCUGGAUGCUGGGGGGGGGGGGGGUGCCCCGGCCCCCUCCAGCUCAGAGCCCCGCCGAGAGCAAGCAUCACUGCUGAGACAGCCCUUUCGUCCUCUGAGGCCAGGGAAGACGUACCGAGGGGCCUUCCCCCUUUUCCUCUGAGUGUCCAGGAACCCCACCAGCUUGUCUUAAUAGUACAACAGGUUUUCAGAAAACCCAGUGGGCGUGGCACACAGACAGGACCCAGGGUGAGGGUGCAAAGCAGAGAGACGAAGGAAGGACAGAGCAGGGAGGUCUGGUGGGCGGCAGUCUGGCCUCCGGCAAGGCUUUCCUGGGCCUUGCGCCCUUCAUUCCCCCAGAGCGCCCUUCCUUGUGACAAUACCUCUGAUCUCCACGGGAGGUCGCCACCGGCACCCGGAGUCACAGAACACCCAGUCAGGAGUCAGCACGUCCUCCCACAUGUGGAAGAAUGUCAAGUUUUUGGCUUUUAUUAUGAUUUCAGAACUAGCCUAGCCCAUCUCUAAUUAUAAAAACAUGAUUUUUUUUUCCUUUUUUUCUUUAUGCUCACAAUCAAGUGUCUGGUUAGGUCUGGAACAGCUCUAGAAUGAACACGUAAAAUUUAGCAAUUUAAAAUCUUUCUUUACUGCAAGUUUAAAUAGUUGUACAGAUAGUUUAUAAGCACAAUAUUUUAAGGAAAAAAAAAGUGGCUGGUCUACUAGGCAGCCUUUGUGCCACUUCAGUGCUAGAAAGUUAAAGAAAAACAAACUUUUGUGAUUUAAUACUACUAUUUCUGUGGAAUAAUUAUUAAAGUAUGACCUUUUUAAAUCAACCUUAUUGGAUGCAUCUGAACCAGCAGAGCUGUGUUAUAUUUUCUAUCUUUGCUAGAACUUCGUCAUCGAAGGACAAUUAUUUCUUCAAAAGUGGUUGUAAUUCACAAUGCAGAAGUUUUCUGCAAAAACAAACACACUCACCACACACACAGUUUUUCCAGCCAGUGUCCCUGAAUUGGAAAUUGAGUUUUGGACCUUCUGUUCCAAAACCUAUUGCAGGUCAAUCUUGGUAUUUGAACGAAAUCAAUUUAAUAUUAAGGUGUUUUACUUCCAUGUACUUUCAAUUUUUCCAUCAUGAGAUGAAUAUAACCCCAGAGAAGUUUCAAGCCAAGAUACUUCGGGUGGCCUGCUGAGGCUGCCGGCAGUUCGGAAAGUGUGAGAUGGUGAUUUGGCCCUCAUCUGUCUUCCGUCUGGUGAUGUUGCGAAACCCAGUAAGCACAGCGCCGCACCAGGCUCGUUUCUCCUUUGCCCACUGCCGGUCUCACCUCUCUGCUCAGUGCCAGGCAACAUGCUAGACAGGAUGAGUGAAAGGAGCCCCAGGCAGACGGUAACCAACAGCAGCGUGGGGCGUUAGGGUUACUGGACUUGGGUAGCCAGGAGGUGAGGCUUGGCUGCUACUCCCUUUCUUAAAGAGACUUCCAAGUCACAUGCAACUGACCAGAAGCAAGCAAAGCGGACAGCACUGGUGGUUCACACUGUCUUACCAUAGAGAAGUAACAGGCCGUCAGAACCUGCACUGACCAACUAAAUAAACACGCUGCCAAGAUGAAUCGGUCUCUAGCUCUCUUCACCGGUUUUGCUACAGAAAGCAAUAGUUCCUCAUUUGACCCACCGCCCACUGUUCUCCCCCUUGAGACAUGUCAGGACCAGGCCCUACCCCACGCCCCUCUUCAACAGUGAAACAGAUGUUAAACUGCUCAUAUAAAGAUUAUGUUAAUACUUAUUCCAGGUUUUAAAAAGAUCCACUUUUGUUAUAUACUGUAAUUUAAAUAAAUUGCAUUUACAUGCCUAGUUUCUGUAAUAUUGUGUAUACAAAACCAAAAUUGCUGAAGAUGUAAAUUAUGUAUACCUGCCAAGAUACCUUCUCCAGGGUGUCUGUGCACAUUUUAAGUUAAUCCAUAAUAUAAAAAUGACUCAGUGUGACUGUUGAUUUGCUGAACUUUACAUAUCACAAAGUGAAUCACUUGUGAUACUUUAGUUAAUAAAAUGGUGAUUUUUUUUUUCUGAGUUAUUUAACAAGCAAGCAUUACCCAGGGUGAUCGGGCAAUGACUUUUUGUGUGUGGACCACAAAUAUUGGUUUCUCCCAUUAACAAAAUUUUUGUUUUUUUAGAAACUAGUAUGUUUCACACUACAGUUUGUGUAACAUGUGUUCGCAUUAUCUAUGUUUCUGUUACUUUGUGCUUUUAUUCUUUUUAGACCUUAUUAAAAACAAAGAGAAAAAAACAAGCUCCUGUAAUUUGCACUUUCUCCCAAUUCUUACAAUCUCUUGUAUGGCAACCAAAAUUACUGUAAAAAAUAAUAAUAAUAAUAAAUAUACUAUUGCACUAAGGUUGUGGUUCUGAUUGCAAACAGUGAGAACUUUCUGAAUUAAAAAGUUGCCAAGCUUACAAUCCAGCCACUUGACCUCUAUGACACUGACCAGAUAAUAUCUGCCCAGAGUGAAAAAUUCUUUCAGUGAGCUACUCUGCCUCGGUUCCAUCUCCUGCAAGUUUUCUCAGUGUAGUGGAAACGAGCAUUAUUUUAGAACUGAGGACAGCACUGCGGACGUCUGUGAGCACCGCUAUGAGGGAGCUGAGGCCGGGCUCUCCUUUGGGACGGAAGCAGAAGGGCGUGGCGGGCAAGCCGGGUGCAGACCUCGCUCCUCAGAGCAGAGGAUCCCGCACACCCAGAGCUGGCUGUCUCCUUGCAGCUGGGCACGCCGGCUGGGCAGCCUCUCUGCCUGACGCAGAGCCAACCAUGCUUUCGUGAACAAAUGUGCACUAAGGCUUGGGGCAAGAGCAUGUGUCUUCUGGCAAAGAACUGAGCCAAGAAGACAUGGGCUAUUCCUUUCACUGUAGGGAAGCGUAUUUUAAACUUAAAUACUGAACCUCUUCUUGGGCCUCAUCAGUGAAAACUCACGGUCUUUAGUCCCGGAGCAAUUUCCUCUACUUUGGCACAUCCUCCCCUUGAACAGCCGCCACUGGUUCUGUGUUCGUGACAAGUUCUCAGCCUCACAUCUUCUGUAGCUGACGCUCCCCAAGGUCCACCUGCUACACCAUCCAAUGGUCCCUCCCCGAUCUUCACCGCCCCCCAGCCCCACUGUCCAGAUGAAUGUAUCCGUCUGUCUUGUUAAGGAAAACAUAGACACUGGAAGACUUUUUCUGUUUAUUUGUACUUUACCUGAGGCAUUUAAUACCCAGUAAACUGGGACGUCUUGUGUAUUUGUGGUGAUCCAUGUACACGCGCAACAAGGUGUCAGUCCCACAGCGAGGUGGCCAGGCAGCCGCAUGCAGAUGGGCCUGCCCCUGCUUGGUGGGCAAGUGGGCGGUUCCAGACCGGUUUCUCAGACUUCAGCAGAGCCGAUCACUUCAGUUUUUAAUCCACGCUGUACCAGUGCUUUUGUUUCCUUACUGUUCCUGUAACAUGUUUCGGCAGUUCAGAGUCUUUACCGUGUUAUGUUUAAAAUUACAACAGUCACUGUCCAUUGCUUCUCCUCUGGAACUCUCUGUUUAUAGAAAUUCUGAAAUUUUACUAUGAGCCUUCAAAUAAAUACAGAAACAAAAAAGAGGAAAAAAAGUAAAGUGUGUGCCUUGGGUGUUUUCAACCUGAUCUGCAUAAAACCAUAUUGUAUUCAAAUGCUGUAUAUUUAAUGAGAGGGUAAAUACACCUUCAAUGUAUUAAUGUAGCUGAUAAAAUAGUUAUAGUGCCUUGGUUUCUGAACUGAGAAGCCCCUGUCAAUGCACAACGAAAAGUGAAAAAACGACUCAAGAAAUGAAAUGUUGAGAAGACCUGGACAUGAUUCUGGAGCCUUUCUCAUCCUAAGACUGUGGAAUAUGCACAGUCAUUUAAGUUAAAAAUAAACAGAAAACUGAAAUAAGA